AAAAUUUAAAAUAUUCAAGAUGGCUGAUCAAAAUUAACGGAUUGCAUUAGAAGCAAAAUACAUUAAAUUGUUAAAGGAAGUUGAAGAGAAAGAAAGACAUGUUAAAGAAUGUAAAUUUACAUUAUAAUGAUUAGUGAGAGCAUAAACAAAAUAAAAGAAGAAUGAUUUUGAAAAGUUUGAAGAUAAUAUCAAAAGUUUAAAUAUAAGAGGAUAAGCAGUUGGUGAAAUAUUAAUGAAAAUAAAUGAUGAAAAAUGUAAUAAGAUAAUCUUAAUUAAGAUAUUUCAAAAUUGAAUAGUGGACCUAGAUAUGUUGUUGGUGCUAAACCCAAACUUGAUAGAGAGAAAUUGGUAGUAGGAACAAGAAUUGCACUUGAUUAAGAAACAUAUACAAUAGUUAGAAUUUUGCCAAGAGAAGUAGAUCCAUAAGUGUUUCAUAUGGCUCAUGAAGAUCCAGGAAAGGUUUUAUUUGAUGAAAUUGGAGGUUUAAAUGAUCAACUACGUGUUUUAAGAGAAGUAUUUAUAAAACUAAAGUAUAGACUAUUGAAUUACCUAUAACUAAUCCUGAAUUAUUCAAAAGAGUAGGUGUAAAACCUCCUAAAGGUUGUUUAAUGUAUGGUCCUCCAGGUACUGGUAAGACCUUAAUUGCAAGGUAAAAUAAUAAUAUAAAAUGAAGAGCUUUAGCUUGCAAUGUCUAAGCAAAGUUUUUGAAAAUAGUCGCUUCGAGUAUAGUUGAUAAGUAUAUUGGAGAGAGUGCUAGAGUGAUAAGAGAAAUGUUUACAUAUGCUAAAGAGAAUUAGCCUUGCAUUAUUUUUAUGGAUGAAAUAGAUGCUAUUGGAGGUAGAAGAUUUAGUGAUGGAACAUCUGCUGAUAGAGAAAUAUAAAGAACUCUUAUGGAAUUAUUAAAUCAAUUAGAUGGUUUUGAUGAUUUGGGUAAAGUUAAAGUAGUAAUGGCUACUAAUAGACCAGAUAUUUUGGAUCCAGCUCUUUUAAGACCAGGUAGAUUGGAUAGAAGUAUUAAUUUUAAUAUUUAAUAUAUUAGAGGUUGAAAUUCCAUUACCUAAUGAAUAAGCUAGAUAUGAUAUUUUAAAGAUUCAUUCAAGAAAUAUUACAACUAAAGGAGAAGUAGAUUUUGAAUAGUUAGCAAAAUUAUGUGAAGAAUUUAAUGGAGCUGAUUUAAGAAAUGUUUGUACUGAAGCAGGUAUAUUAUUAUUAUAAUACUCUUAGGUAUGUUUGCCAUAAGAUCAGAUAGAGAUUAUGUUAUUGAAGAGGAUUAUUUCAAAGCAGGUAGAAAAAUAAAAGAAGCCAAAAAAUUAGAAUCUAAACUAGAGUAUUAAAAGGUUUGAUUAUUAAUUAUAUAUAUAAAAAUUUAAAUAUGUAAACCUCGC